CCCCGCCCGCGGGGGCGGGGAAAGCAGUCGCGCCGCGAUGACGUCGCGGGGGCCUGGCCGGGCGUCGCGGACUCCGGAGAUGGAGGAAAAGGAGCAACUGCGGCGACAAAUCCGUCUCCUGCAGGGUCUGAUCGAUGAUUACAAAAACCUCCAUGGCGGUGGCUCUGCCCCGGGCGUCUCAGCCCCUUCCCGGUGGCAACCACCUGCUUACAGCAGCAGCCGGGCCUUCAGUGCUGGCUACCCUCGCCCAAGCCGGAGGGGCUUCUCUCCGAACCGCGGGCCCGCCUGGCGCAAGAAAUACUCUCUUGUGAAUCGGCCCCCAGCGUCCUCAGACCAGCCUGGUGAUGGUGCUGUGCAAACACCCCUCAGGGCUGGGGACAGCCAGGGUCCCGAUCCCCAGCAGUAUGUCCUGGAGAGGCAGGUGCAGCUGAGUUCAGAUCAGAACAUGGUCAUCAAAAUCAAACCGCCAUCAAAACCGGGUUCGGCUAAUGCUGCGGGCGUCCCUCGGGGCUCCUUGGAAGAAUUUGAGGGCCCUCCCUGGAGCAACCACAGGCCUCAGGAGGGGGAGGGCGAGCCCCUGGGUGCUCAGCGGCAACUCCCAAAGCCAGGAAGAGUCAAGGGGAGCUGCGGUUCCGAGGACCCCGGGCCCAUCUGUCAGAAGGAAGCUGGCAAGCCUCGGGUGGUGAAGUCUGCAGGCAGCGUGAGCGACAGCCCCUCAGAGCCCCGGCGUACGGUCAGUGCGAGCGCGGUGGCCGUCAAGACCCGCUUCCCAUCCUCCACCUUGCCCCGCCGCGGGGGCGUGGCUGUGGGCCGGAAGCUGGGCUCACACUCUGUGUCCAGCUGUGUUGCACACCUCCUUGGAGACGGGAGAGUGAGUGCCGGCCACGCAGAUCAGCCGGCUUCCUCUGGCACGGGGGCCAGCCCAGCUAGACCAGCUUCUGGACCCAGGCAGGCCCGGGAGUCCUCACUGCCCGUGCCCUGCCGCACCGCCAAGUUCCGGAAGAACAACUACAAGUGGGUGGCUGCUUCGGCAAAGAGCGCCCGGGCCCCUCGGAGGGCCCUCAGCCCCAGAGCGGCCUCCGAGCUCGUGUGCAAGGCCCCCUGUGGCACAGCAGAGCAGGAGAAGCCACAGCUUGGCGCCGAUCCGGAUGCCAGGCCCAGGAGGUCGGCGGCGUCCUCCACGGCCGGGGCCUCCCCCAGCAAGUACAAGUGGAAAGCAUCCAGCCCCUCGGCCUCCUCGUCCUCCUCCUUCCGUUGGCAGUCGGAAGCUGGCAGCAAGGACCACGCCUCCCAGCUCUCUCCGGUCCCGUCUCGGUCCCCACCAGGGGACAGAGCAGCUGUGGGCCCCAGCAGUUUGAAGCCCCCGUUCGGUGAGACCCCGCUCUCGGCUUACAAAGUGAGGAGCCGCACCAAGAUCGUCCGGAGGCGGGCUGUUGCCAGCCUUCCCGGGGACAAGAAGAGCAGCCCCCCACCUGCCGCCACUGCCAAGAGCCAGUUCAGCCUGCGGCGGAGGCAGGCCCUCCGGGGCAAGAGCAGCCCCGUGCCGAGGAGGACCCCCAGCAAGGGGCUGAUGCAGGUCACCAGGCAACGGCUGUGCUGCCCGCUUCCAGGCCGGGCCCACCUCCCCGGCAAGGAAGCGUCUGGUCCGCACGCCCUGCGGAGCCCUCCCGCCGGCAGAGAGAUCAAGACCCGCUACCGCAUUGUCAAGAAGACGCCGGCGUCCCCUCUCAGCGCCCCCCAGGCUCCCCUGGCCCUGCCCUCCUGGCGGGCACGGCGGCUCUCCCUAUCCAGGUCUCUGGUGCUGAACCGCCUGCGCCCCGCUGCCGGGGGCGGGAAGGGCCAGACCAGCUCCCCCCGGUGGCGAAGCAGAGGCUUCCGCUGCAUCGGAGGCAUCCUGUACAAGGUGUCGGCCAAUAAGCUCUCCAAGACCUGCGGCCGGCCCGGCGGCGACAGCGGGAACAGGCCACUCCUGCGCACAGGCCGCGGGGACCCUGCCGGCAGCUGCAGCCGCUCCCUGGCCAGCCGUGCGGUGCAGCGCAGCCUGGCCAUCGUGCGACAGGCGAGGCAGCGGCGGCGCAAGCAGCAGCCAGAGUACUGCAUGUACUACAACCGCUUCGGCAGGUGCCACCACGGCCAGCGCUGCCCCUACAUCCACGACCCCGACAAGGUGGCCGUGUGCACCAGGUUUCUCCGGGGCACGUGCAAGAAGACGGACGGCACGUGCCCCUUCUCCCACCACGUGUCCAAGGAGAAGAUGCCCGUGUGCUCCUACUUCCUGAAGGGGAUUUGCAGCAACAGCAACUGUCCCUACAGCCACGUUUACGUGUCCCGGAAGGCGGAGGUCUGCACGGACUUUCUUAAAGGCUACUGCCCGCUGGGUGCGAAGUGCAAGAAGAAGCAUACGCUGCUGUGCCCUGACUUCUCACGCAGGGGCCUCUGUCCCCGGGGCGCCCAGUGCCAGCUGCUGCACCGCAGCCAGAAGCGCCUCGGCCGGCGGCCCACUCCCACCCCAGAGCCCGGCAGCGCGCCCCCCAGGAGCAAGGCCUCCUCCAGCCAUGGACCCAGGAAGGCCUCGGCUGCCCAGCGCCCCGGCAGACAGACGCCCAGCUCCCCUACCUCCGUGGCUGCGGGCCUGGCCUCCCCUCCCUCCUCCCCACGGGUGUUAGCUGCAGCCUCGGGCUCUCCCCUGUCCAAGCUUCCCUCCUCUCCCUCUCCCCGCUCCCCCCUCUCCUCCUCCCCCCCUCCCUCCUCCCCCUCCUCCCCCUCCCAGUCCUCGGACCAGGAGGCGCUGUCUCUGCAGGAGGAGGCUGCCUCGGCGGCGCCGGGCCCCGGCGGCCUCUCCAAGCUGCCUGCCUUCAUCUCCCUGCGGUCCUCGCCGAGCCCAGGAGGCCUGCCCAGGGCCCGGACCCCCAGGAGCCCCCCAAGCAAGGACUCAGGGAAAACUCUACACAUCAAACCCCGUCUGUGAGGGCCCCGGGGGCCAGCCCGUGCCUACCUCAGCCCCUUGUUCCUGGAGAGGAAGGAGGUUCUGCCUGCCCCUGCCCCAGAGGAGGGGCCGCCUGCCACCAAGUCCCCCCCGGGAUCUCCGGGGUUGUUGCCCUGCCCACCUGGCUCUCAGCCUUCCGUGACCGUGUGUGCCCAGGGCCUCGCCUCGUCCUUGGGCCGGGCUCUGCCCAGCCAGCCCCUCUGCACACCCACCUUCCUCCCACCCCAACCCUGCGCCCUCAGCCUAGCACCCAGGAUGCGCCCCAACCUCCAGCCUGGAGGGGGGCCAGGCAGGGCUCCGCGCCAGGCCUGGGCCCACUGUGGGUGUGAGAGCAGCUGUGCCAUGCAACUCCCCCUCCCUCCCACUACCCCCAGGACUCCAGCCGGGCUCCCUGGUGGGUAUUUUAUGUUCAGCAAUAAAGGUUCUGCCCUGUG